AUGACCGCCGCCAUUGUGACUGCUACCGACGUGGCUGCGAGUCGCUUAUCGGCCGACCACAGCCCGGCCUCAAUUCCCUCUCUGCCGCUGUUCGUCGCAGCGAGAGAGCAGGCCACCAGCGAUCCCGCCAAAGUCGCCGUGGUGGACCGGACAAAAGCACAGGACUUUACGUAUCGACAGCUGCUGGCAGACGUGUCGACUACAAAGAAAUGGCUGCUGGAGAGCCUGUCAGUUAGCGACCUGGACGAGCGACGGAUCACCUUUCUGGUUCCCAAUGGAUAUGACUACGUGGUCACGCAAUGGGCUGUGUGGGCAGCAGGCGGCGUCGCAGUUCCUCUGUGCACGACUCAUCCUGUCAAAGAACUUUUAUAUACCAUAACAGAUUCCCUCCCGUCGCUGGUGAUUAUCCAUCCGGCCUUUGAAAAAGUCGAGCCCGCGUUGCGCGAGGCCAUCGCCGAUAUCCCCUUUACAAGAUUCACGCCACUGUCGAGCUCUCAGGAUGCAGCUGCCACUACCCUUCCCCCGUUCCACGAUUCGUGGUCUUUGGACCGACGCGCGCUGAUGAUAUACACGUCCGGUACGACCUCAAAUCCCAAGGGCUGUGUCACAACACACAAGAACAUCACAUUCCAGGCAAGCUGCCUUGUCGAGGCAUGGAAAUACUCGCCAUCGGACCGCCUUAUCCAUGUGCUACCUCUGCAUCACGUUCACGGCAUCAUCAACGGCCUGACAGCCUCGUUUCUCAGCGGCGCUACCGUGGAGAUGUACCCCAAAUUCGACCCGAAGAUUAUCUGGGAACGAUGGCAAGAUAAAGGCUCGUCCACGAUGUUUAUGGCUGUUCCCACCAUCUACUCGCGUUUGGUCGACUAUUUUGACUCGCACAUUCGCUCGACUGAUGCCGAGGCCUGUUCCCGAGAAGGCACCAAAGCACUACGUCUCAUAGUAAGUGGCUCCGCCGCCUUGCCCACGCCUAUCAAAACGAAGUUUGCCGAGAUCACCGGCCAGGUUCUGCUCGAGCGGUAUGGCAUGACAGAAAUUGGCAUGGGGCUCAGCUGUGGGCUGGACGUCUCACAACGACUGGACGGCAGUGUUGGCUGGCCAUUGCCGGGCGUUCAGGUCCGACUGACCGAAAAAGAGACCGGUGCCAUUGUCGAGGCACUCGACGAAGACGGCAUGAUUGAGAUCAAGGGCGACAACGUCUUUCUCGAGUACUGGAACAAACCCGAAGCCACCGCCAAGGAGUUUACCUCUGACGGAUGGUUUAAGACGGGCGAUGUCGCGAGACGGGAAAACAAUGGCGCGUAUUAUAUUCAAGGUCGCGCCUCAGUUGACCUGAUUAAGACCGGUGGAUACAAAGUGUCUGCUCUAGAGGUUGAGCGCAAGCUGCUCAGCCUGGCUAGUAUUCAAGAAGUCGCUGUGGUCGGCGUGGCCGAUGAAGAAUGGGGCCAGCGUGUUGCAGCUGUCAUCAAGCCUAGAGCCGACGCCGAUACAAUCCAAUUGGCGACGCUCCGAAAAGAACUAAAAGAAGAAAUGGCGCCUUAUAAAAUACCAUCUAUCCUGAAACUUGUCGAUAACAUUGAGCGCAAUGCGAUGGGCAAGCAAGCCUUUACUACCAAUCCAAUGGCUACAAAACGCCAGCAACACGACAUGUAUGAAAGCGAGACCGGCGAUGCAACUACGCCGAGCCAAACCCAUAGACACAACCACGACCGAAAUCUCGCAUGGUGGAAAUCCAAUCCGCAGCCGUGUUGCGCAUCGGCGUCUUCCUCGGUGUAUUCUACAUCCUCGGAGAAAGGCCAGGCGCUUGAACAUGUUCUCAGCAGUCCAAUGACGAGUGUAUGCGUUGCGGCAUCGAAUGGGCCGUUUCUGGACCUGGAAGAGACAACUGUAACGCAAACCACUGGGAGCGUCACGAGUGUGACGAGUGCUUGCAAUAGCAACAUACCAACCCCCGACCAUCAUCCCGAGCAGGGCCAACAGCAGAGCCGACACAAACAAGAGACCAAUUCGGAGAGAUGGUCGCAGUACUCGUCGGCUUCUGCUGCUUCUUCUCUGAAGAAAAUGUUCAAGACGCGGAAUCCGCUUAAAUGGCUACAUCGCCGUUCAGAGUCUCGCUCUUCUACUCAGUACCAACAGCGAGAGCAGGGCAUAGCACACAGCCCCAUCGAGCCUAAAGAGACAAAUCUGUCAGAUGAAAUAAUCCGAGAUUUCGGAACAGAUCUGGUCGAAAAAAUGGACAUGUUGGAAAGAAAGGUCGACGCUUUAUCCUGCUCGCCGAAUUUUACACCUCAACCUAGACGAGAUGAAAAGGGGGUUAAUUUUGGUAUUCAAGCAGACCUUGAUAAUCGUAAACAACAAGAAAACCACAACGACGAAGAUAAAUCGUACUAUAACAAGCUGGAGGAAAAAAUCACACACCUUACAAACACAAACACCAACCUCUCCUCGCUCAAUGCUUUGCUGUCAUCCGACCUGUACAGAUUGCAAAACGACAUACACAACCUCCAAGAUGAAGUCUGUUUGCUGCGUGAGGAGAAAUUCUCCCUAGAGAGAAGGCAUGGGUCAUACGACGAGCAAAGAGUGCAGAUUGAGCUACAGAUCGACCUUAUUCGACGACUGGGCGUUUUACUGGGGAGAAGAGAGGAGCAGCUGGACAGCGAACGACGGAUGAUGAAAUUGUAUAGAGAUAGAAUCAAUGGGUUAGAGGACGAAGUUGAGAUGCUGAGGACUGAGUGGGAGAGGGUUUUACCGUUGGUGAUGCCGAGGGAUAAGGGGCCAGUAUUGACUACGGUCGAGAUUGACAAGAACAAGUAA